CGUGUGUGCUCGACUGCUCGUGCAACCAAUGGUCAAUUAGAGUGUGCAUGUGUGUGACCAAUAGUCCGUAUACGGAGCGGAGGCAAGUAAUUUUAACAAGAGCUGAAGAGGAUUGAACUUUCAAUCAGUUAUUUCGAGAUCUAGUUAGAACUUUGCUCUCUGUAAAUGGUGAGUGGAGCCAACGGAGUUCAGCGAAUCAACCAACAUAACAGAGACUGAAGCUUUUGGUCUAGCCUGGCCCACACCAAGGCACCCCCCCACCCGGCUGCAAAAUUAUUUCCCCCUCUUGAGCUCUGGACUAGCCAAGAUAUUCCUUAGAGUUAAAAGAUGGCAGAUUCCACUACUGGUAAACGGGAUUGGUAUAUUGCAGAACUUGAAGAGGAAUCUGAAGAAAUAGAGACCUUGGCCUCAAAGAAGAAACCUAGGUCAGAUGAUCAUGUCAGCAGCAGUUGCAUUGAUUCUGUUUCAGGGCUUGUUAUGCCAAGGCCAGACUGUGAAGUUACUUGUAAGGUCGCAUCCUCUUCAUCCCAGUCGGUUACAUCUGUAAGCAUUUUACAGCAUGAAGCAUCAUCCAGUUCCAUGCCCUCUUUAGGUUUGAAGCCUGAAGGUUGCCUUGCAACGGUGACUCUUCACACUGAAGAGGUAGGUAAAAGUGAGAGCUUGCAAGAAGCUAUUUGCCGAGAAGGAAAAGAAGAAGGAGUUGUAAAAUUACCUUGUGAAGACCAAACUGAAGAUGCAGGAGACAGACAGGACGUAUCAAGUGAAAGGUCACAGAAGACACAAGUUCUUGUCGGACUGAAAGAGACUGAUGUAGGCAUUGUAGAGUAUAUGUCUGAUCAUGAAGGCGUCCCUGGAAUUCUGAAGCAGAGGUACCGGGAUUUCCUUGUAAACGAGAUUGAUGAGCAGGGUCAGGUUAUUCGACUUACUGAUAUGAAAUGCCCAGAGAAAAAAUCAAUUCUCCCAUUUGACCAUAAUGAAGUGUUGAGCAAAGAAGACCAAGAGAAACUGUCUGCACUGAAUGUAGAUCAAGACAAGAAAGCUGAAUAUGCUUUCCAGGUCACAGAUGAUAAAGAGCAGCGCACUAAAGUUCACCAGGCCAUCAGACAUCUAUUCCCAAAGCUUGAUAGCAGUACAGUGGAAGAAGGAGGCAAGAAGAUGGUUAAGGUUGUCAAGGGUAGUGGAGGGAAACGAGGAAGAUGGCCGAAAGAGACACCCAAAUAUUGUCGCUUUGUGCUGUACAAGGAGAACAUGGACCUUAAUGAGGCACUCAAUAUACUUGCCAAGUACCUCCACAUUGGACCUCAUCACUUCCAAUAUGCAGGGUCAAAGGAUAAAAGAGGAGUCACAGUUCAAGAAGUAACUGCUCACAGGUCAGUGAAAUUAGCACAUUGAAUAUAGGCAAAAGAUAGUAUCUGUACAGACUCUAUGAGGAGUUGCAGAAUCUAGUGAUGAACAAUGGAUUAACAGGUGAUUAAUGAGCUUUAGGUAUCAGCUGAUUUUUCACAUGAUGUGCAUUCUAACUGCAGUUCCAAUGUGUUAUUUUAUAAAGCAAAUUAGCUAAAAAU